UUCCUGCGAAACUUCCUCGCGCUGCCGGCCGCCCCGCAAGAAUGCAUUACCUAGUGCCACGGUCAUGGUCGCCGUCACAGGCACCCACGACCCCACCCCUGGCCUCCUCGCAGUCCCUCUCUCUCCCUCACCCGCACCUGCCCGCAAGCUCCCCGGGGCCGCAGGUGCGGACGGCGGCGGAAUUCCACGCUCCGCGAAGGCCCGCCAGCUCUGGGGAGGGGAAGGGGAGGCGUGGUCCGGUGCCGCUCCCAGGCUGAUAUCCCAGGUCGUGCCUUUUUAGCCAAGAAGCAUGGAGGUCAUCCACCACGGGCCCUACUGCUGCAGGGAGCUGGAAGGCGCUGACAUGCUGUCAGACACCUUUUACUCGAAUGCGGUGCACACUCCGCUGCAGACGGCUACUCGCCCCACUGCCUCAGAGGACAGGUAUCAGGACUUCAGGGAGUCGCUCCAGCAAUGUAGGCUCCCCUGGGGCGCUGACAGGGAGCACGGUGGGGUGAUCCCCACUUCCUUCCCUGAGGAGCUCAGGCCAGAAUAUCGCGUCCCGGGCAAGGGGCAUCAGCACUACGGAUCCGGUGCAGAAACCUGGUCAAGAAAGCUUCCUAUUGAACAAUUCUAUUAUUUGACACAGAACAAAAAAAGUGACAUCUAUGCAAACGAUUCAUUGAUGCCCAAACCACCUAAUUCAAUGGUACGCAAAAUCUGCUCCCCGUACCCGAUUGAACACCCCUACCACACGCACAUCUGCCGCGGGGCCAUGUUCCCGACCUUCACGUCCCCCGAGGACCUCUACGUUGGCGUCAAAGCCGGGAGCCAACAGCCGUUCCCACCCACCAUGCCGGCGAAGGGUUACGACACGACGGUUCUGAAGACAAGAGGUCACCCUUACAGAUACGAGCUGCUGGACUAUCCCAUGGAUUCAAAGAAGAAAGGCUUGACUUGGCCGGGCCAGGGGGUGUAUUAUGAUUUUCCUAAAUCUGUUGAGAAAACCAAGCAAGUAUUCUACCCCAAACCUCCUAAAACCUUCGCUCCUAACACUUCUUUAAAUGCCUGGGAUCAUGUUAACUCUCUGAAAGAAGCCAACAUACGAAGGAAUCUUGAGAAGUCCCAGUGGAUGACCUCCUACACUCAGGAUUUCACAGGUCUGGGGCCCAUGAACCCCCUGGAACUGGACGAUUACCAUGAAAAGGAGGUGGCAGAGUUAACCGGACAUAUGGGAUUCGACCCCAAGCCUCCAGAGAAAUCCCACCCCGUCUUAAAAACCGCCAGACCCUUGGAAGGCCGGCUUGCUCGGCUGCUUCAGAACCGACGUCCUCUGGAGGCUGCUGUCCAGCCAAGGCCACCCUCCUGCCCCGACUGCACCCCUCGAGUGUUGUGCAAUUUCCAUACCUUCAUACCCAGUUCUACAGAAAUGAUGGCACUUGGCGAUAACACACCAGCGGGUGUGACCAAUAAAUACCAGGAAAUUGAAGAGAAGAUUAAGGAAGAACAAAGGUUCCUGUCUCCCUACGCAUACCAACCUUGUUACCCGACGAAAGAUCUGACUGACAUUUACGGCAUACAGCCAUUUCCAAAGAUCACGGACACGCAGAAGACAGAGGAUCUGUACUGGAGACAGCUGUCCUCAAAACCCCAGCCGAGACCUUACAGCAGCCCGGACCCUUACAUUCCAUACGAACAUUUUAAAUCUGCCUUCCACGACCCAUAUGCCAUGUGUCAAAAUCCUGGUAGCCUCGGUAAGCCUAGUAUUUUACAAAAUAAACUGGACUCGGCAGCUUUGGAUCUAGAACGCUUUUUAGGUAAGCCAAAAGAACAGCUGACCUUCAGUACGGAACACGAUGAGGAAACAAGAUCACUUCUGGGUUGGAUUCCCAAAGUCGGAGAGGCCAAGACGCAGACCGACCUGCUGGAGCUUAAGAACUCUUUCUCAAAAAGCAGUGCCCAGAAACGUUUCCAUCAGUCAGUUCUGGAAGGCCAUAAGGACCUCAGGGAUAAGGUGCAUUCCGGGAUGAGACACCAAUUCUAUGGUCAUAAUUCGUAUUAUUUCUAUAACUGAGAUAAUCAUCCUUCCCUCAAAACCCAGCCCCUUGCUAGUAAAGAAAAUAUAACAGAAUUUCCUCCCUGUUGUUGGGUUCUGUUUUUUAGAGGAGCCAUAAUGACCUUGUUAAUGAGGCUUAUGUUUUCAGGAAUUUAAGUUAGGAUCUAGUCAGAGGAACCCUGAGAAGGUGAUGUUUUGACUUCUUGAAAAGUUUAACAAUUUGACAAUAAAAUAUUAGUACCAGAAAAAUGUAAGUCUUUCAUCUCAUUUUCAAAGUAUACUCCAAGGAACUUUUCUGAAACCACAAAAAACAAUGUGUA